GCGCUCCUCUCCGUCCGGGCCCGCGCGCCUCCGGCUCCAGCCGUCGCCACCGCCCUGGUGGUCGCUUCCCUCCCUCCUUCCCCUCGUCCGCCGCCGCCGCCAUGUACCGGUGCCUGGGGGAGGCCGCGCUGCUGGCCCGGGCCGCGGAACCGGUGGGGGCCUCCUCCUCCGUCGUCCUCCUCCGCGGCCCGGCCUCGUCCCCCCCGCCGCCUCCUCCUCCGCCGCCCUCCUCCUCCUCCUGCCGCCGCCGUUACUGCGAGGCCUCCGCCUCCUCCUCCGCCCACCGCGAAGACGACCCCAACUUCUUCAAGAUGGUGGAGGGCUUCUUCGACCGCGGCGCCGGCAUCGUGGAGGACAAGCUGGUGGAGGACCUGAAGACCCGGGAGAGCGACGAGCAGAAGCGGAACCGGGUGCGCGGCAUCCUGCGCAUCAUCAAGCCCUGCAACCAUGUGCUCAGCCUCAGUUUCCCCAUCAAGCGCGACGACGGCGCCUGGGAGGUGGUCGAGGGCUACCGGGCCCAGCACAGCCAGCACCGCACCCCCUGCAAGGGAGGUAUUCGUUACAGCACAGAUGUUAGUGUGGAUGAAGUAAAAGCUUUGGCUUCUCUAAUGACUUACAAAUGUGCUGUAGUUGAUGUGCCAUUUGGCGGUGCUAAGGCUGGGGUUAAAAUCAAUCCCAAGAACUAUUCAGAUAAUGAGUUGGAAAAAAUCACACGGAGAUUCACCAUGGAGCUAGCGAAGAAGGGCUUUAUUGGACCUGGUAUUGAUGUACCCGCCCCUGACAUGAGCACAGGUGAGAGGGAGAUGUCGUGGAUUGCAGAUACUUACGCUAGUACCAUAGGGCACUAUGAUAUUAAUGCACAUGCCUGUGUUACUGGUAAACCCAUCAGUCAAGGAGGGAUCCAUGGGCGUAUCUCUGCCACUGGCCGUGGUGUCUUCCAUGGGAUUGAAAACUUCAUCAAUGAGGCUUCUUACAUGAGUCUUUUGGGGAUGACUCCAGGAUUUGGGGAUAAAACCUUUGUCGUUCAGGGGUUUGGUAACGUGGGCCUGCACUCUAUGAGGUACCUCCACCGUUUUGGUGCCAAGUGUGUUGGUGUUGGUGAGAUCGAUGGAACUAUAUGGAAUCCUGAAGGAAUUGACCCAAAAGAGCUAGAAGAUUAUAAAUUGCAACAUGGGACAAUUGUUGGCUUUCCCAAGGCAAAGCCCUAUGAUGGCAGCAUUUUGGAAGCAGAUUGUGAUAUUCUCAUCCCUGCUGCCAGUGAGAAGCAGUUGACCAAAUCAAAUGCAUCCAGAGUCAAGGCUAAGAUCAUUGCUGAAGGUGCAAAUGGACCUACAACCCCAGAGGCUGAUAAAAUCUUCCUGGAAAGGAAUAUCAUGGUCAUUCCCGAUCUCUAUUUGAACGCUGGAGGAGUGACGGUGUCCUACUUUGAGUGGCUGAAGAAUCUGAAUCACGUCAGCUAUGGCCGCUUAACUUUUAAAUAUGAAAGGGAUUCAAACUACCACUUGCUCAUGUCUGUUCAGGAAAGUUUGGAAAGGAAGUUCGGAAAGCACGGUGGAACUAUUCCAGUGGUGCCUACGGCAGAGUUCCAAGACCGGAUAUCUGGUGCAUCUGAAAAAGAUAUUGUACACUCUGGGCUAGCAUAUACCAUGGAACGUUCUGCCAGGCAAAUCAUGCGUACUGCCAUGAAAUACAACCUGGGUCUGGACUUGAGAACUGCCGCCUAUGUCAACGCGAUUGAGAAGGUCUUCAAGGUGUACAACGAAGCUGGUCUGACCUUUACAUAAAUGAGAGAGCUAGCCAACUAGAGUCGCCUCCUUCGCCGCCUCCUGUUCUGUACCCUCUUUCACACGUUUACAUGUAACUACCGAAGCCCCUUUUCCCUUUUAGGACUCAUUAUAGCAGAUCCUGUUCUCAACUAGUUUCAGUCCGUAGUCCUUUUUUUUUUUUUAAUUACACUCUUCGGAGUGGGGUAUCGUAUGCAGAUUUAGCGGCCUAAAGAUAACCAGUUCAUCUGCACUUAAGGACCAUUUGGGGUAUUUCAACUUAAACUAAAAAUCUCUGCCGUAUGGGCAUACCGUCUUGCUAUAUGAGCUGCUUCCCGAGAUUGCACAUCAGUCGCAUUUUGCACCAGGUGAGCGUCUGGCGAGAUGUUAGCUAGCUUGCUCUUUGGCGCUGUGCAAUUUUGGUUCAUGCUGCAACCUUGGCUUUGGCAUUGUCAAGAAGGCCUUGUACGAACAAUGCAGUGGCCCUGUCAAAAGGUGGGGCUUUGCUGAUGUGCAGUAGCAGAACUUCGGGCCUGGUCCUCUUUAGGUUAAUUUUUUUUUUCUUCCCCUUCCUUCCUCUCCUCCUUUUAAGAAAAAAAAAAUUCCAUGCUGCUGUUCUAGAAUUGCCUUUAAUCACUUAUCAACCUAAACUUGACUUGAGCAGUGAGAUGCAUAUAAACCCAUGGAUGAAAGAAGCUAGUAUUUUUGUAACCUGAAAACAGUAUCAUUUAUAGCUUAUUAUGUACAGACAUCCAGCAAAAAAUUUCUGGUUGGUGUAAUCAAGGUGUCGACGUAAAUGUGUGGAUGAUGGGAGCUAGAUUUUGUUUUUUAAUUUAAACAAAUACCCGAAUAGGCAAAAGUUAUAAUCCUGAUAUCCCCUGAAGAACUGUCACCUCCUUAACAGUCAACUCUUUCAGAUUUUCUAAUCCUUUGGAAGAGUCGUUCAGAACAUGAGAUUUUUAUGCCGCCUCAGUGAGUAGCAAUGAUAGAUAGAGGGGAGGCUAACCUAGAAACGGAUUUUGGCCCAGAAACUUGGAGCCAGGCUAGGAGCUUUGAGCACUGGCCAGUAAAGGACUUACUGGACUCGACAGUCUUUGUCCAUCUCCUUUAUUUGGAUGUCUAGCAAGUGCUGGACAUAACCAAGCAAAACAGAGUGGACUUUGAGACCCUAUUGGAACCAAUCUGGUUUUUGACGAGUUCUUGUGGUUUCUGGGUUGUUUUUUUUUUCCCUUUUGUGGGGGUCGGGGAGGGAGAGUAAGGCUUUUUGUCUAGAAUAAUCCCAAUAAAGUGCCAGAUAUUAUUUAUGUAAUGAAUAAACCUUUUUUUUAGAAAACAACCUCCCAGAAAUUUCAUGCUUUUUUUUCUAACUACUUUGUAACUGCAUGAUUUAACCUGGCGAUGAGCAGUUAUUAAAAAGUGAACCUUUUCCAAACAGCCCCCUGUUUCUUUUCCAAUGUUGUUAAUUUUACAUUUGGUAAUACGUUUAAAAUGUGGUCAACUGCAAUUAGAGCUAUGAAAUUUCAUGUAACAGCCACAUAAAUACCACGUUGAUUCCCUG